AUGGUGAGGUGUUAUCUGCUCUGUUUACUAACUCUUGCACUCUGUUGUGCUUGUGGGUUAGUAUGGGCUGAUCAAACGAAACCUUUUAUAAAUAAUGGUAAGCAGCUCGUUAUUUGUUUCCCCCCUUCGGUUCCUAUUCUUCUUACUAAUGGAUCUUACAAGUGUGGUAGCUGCAGUGAACUUGCGGAACAGGACUCUAAAUUAUGCUCUGGCGUUUUGAGAGAAGAAAAGAAAGAAUUGUUAGAAGAACACCAGAUGGCUUCAGAUCGAAGAAAGAAUGAGAACGCAUUACAUCAGGAUUCCCACAACCCCACAAAUAGGGAAGACAGCAUCCCAUCAGUUAAUUCCGUGAUAAAUGGACAACUACGAUCUCCUCCACCAUCCGCAUCUCUUUCUGCGCAACAACAACAAGAGCUUCCCUCUGCCCAACAACCAGGUGCAGGUGGACCAGAGGCAGAUGGUAGACAGACCCCAGCACUUUCUGAAUAUGCAUCCACUGAAGGCAAACAUGAUGCUGAACAGAAACCACAGUCAUUAGGGCAACCACAGGAAGACUCAAACAUACAUGAUAUACAAAGUGAAGAGACCAAAGUCUCAACAGGGCCAGCCGCUACUGAAAGAGAAGAGAGUUCNAAAAAGAAAUAA